AUGCUUGUACUGUACGAGACGGCUGCUGGUUUUGGCAUUUUUAAAGUACUAAAUGAAGGAAAAUUGACUGACGUUGAGAAUUUGGGCAAAGAGUUCUCCUCCCCAGACUUAGCUCGAAAGAUGGUUAAGCUGAAAGCUUUCGACAAGUUUGAUAACACAUCAGAAGCUCUCGAAGCUGUAGCUAAAUUGGUGGAGGGAACUCCAGGCAAAGGUCUCCGCAAAUUCUUGAAAGCCAACUGUCAAGGUGAAACCUUAGCUGUGGCUGACUCGAAGCUUGGAAAUGUGAUCAAGGAGAAGCUGGUUUGUAUUUUGUUUCACUUUCCAUUACUACAACACUUUUGGUUCUGUUGUGUGGUUUUUUUGUAA